AUUAUUUUGGUAACACUGUCUAGGAAUAAAACCCUCAUCAUAACACAUUAUGCGCUAUGCAAAUAUCCCCGUUUGUUUAGCACUGCCCAUGUACUGGAUACAUAUCGUCUAUAGUCAUCAGAGAAGCAGGACAAGUGCACCAGAUGGAACCUGUGACAUUACAGGAUUACAGGAUAACUCCUUUUUAACAGUCUGCAGUCAAGUUUGGCAUCCGAUUAGUAGAGCCUUCACCAGGCCGCUGGAGCACAGGGGGGAGAGCGAGAGCAGCAGCAAACUACAGUAGAGCUCUGUGCUGUCACUGUGGCGCUUUUUGUAGUGCACCCUCGUUUUAGGCCUGUGUCACAUGCCCUGGUUGCAGUGCUGCAGCUCACCUAUCCGAUUCCUCCCACCUGCCCUGUCUGGAUUUGGAUACAGCCGUUGUGAGGUGUUGUGGGUGCAGGGGGAAGGCACCGUAGCUCUCGUCUAGUCUGACAUGUUGAUUACAUGGUGGUAUUUAUACAUCGCAGCUCGGAGCAUCGUCAAACAAACAUUGAACAUGGCCUCUAUCCUUCAGAAGCUCAUCACUCCCAUGUUCAGUGGGACACCUGAGCCCGCCAGGAACAAGGUGACAGUGGUGGGGGUCGGCCAGGUCGGCAUGGCCUGUGCUGUCAGUAUCCUGCUCAGGGAGCUGGCUGAUGAGCUGGCCUUGGUGGAUGUGAUGGAGGACAAGUUGAAGGGAGAGAUGAUGGAUCUGCAGCAUGGCAGCCUCUUCCUCAAAACGCCCAAGAUAGUCGCCAGCAAAGACUACUCUGUGACGGCGAACUCUCGUAUCGUCGUGGUAACUGCGGGCGUUCGUCAGCAGGAGGGAGAGAGCAGGUUGAACCUGGUUCAGAGGAACGUCAACAUCUUCAAACACAUCAUCCCUCAGAUCAUAAAACACUCCCCCAAGUGCAUCAUCAUUGUGGUCUCCAACCCAGUUGAUGUGCUGACCUACGUGACCUGGAAGUUGAGCGGCCUGCCCAAGCACCGUGUCAUUGGCAGCGGCACCAACCUGGACUCUGCCCGUUUCCGUUACCUGAUGGCUGAAAAACUGGGCAUCCAUGCGACCAGCUUCAACGGAUGGAUCCUGGGAGAACACGGAGACACCAGUGUCCCUGUGUGGAGUGGCACUAACGUAGCAGGUGUCAACCUGCAGACACUGAACCCUGACAUCGGUACUGAUGCUGACCAGGAGAACUGGAAGGAGACUCACAAACAGGUGGUUGACAGUGCCUAUGAGGUGAUCAAGUUGAAGGGCUAUACUAACUGGGCCAUUGGCCUGAGUGUAGCUGACCUCACUGAGAGCCUCAUCAGGAACAUGAACAGGAUCCACCCUGUCUCCACAAUGGUGAAGGGCAUGUACGGGAUCGAUGACGAGGUGUACUUGAGCCUGCCGUGCGUGCUGAAUGCUGGGGGCGUGGCCAGCGUGGUCAACAUGACCCUGACGGACGACGAGAUCGGCCAGAUAAAACAGAGCGCUGACACACUGUGGGACAUCCAGAAGGACCUGACUGACGUGUAGCAACGCUAACAGAACACCAAGGGGCGCCACAUUCCACUCAACACUCAAUAUCUCCCUUCUCCUCUAGUGUGCAUUCGUUCACUACUUCCCACAAAUCUAAAAUCAAGUGCACACUUUGGGAGAAAGGAGAGAUAAUUGGGACAUAGCCCCAACACUCCUUAUCACCUAUUACUCAACAUAUGCCACUUAGCAGACGGACGCUUUUAUGUAAAGCGACUUACAGUACAGUGAUUGCAUAUAGUUCUAAUGUGUUUAUGAUCCGUGUGGGAAUUAAACCCACAGCUUUUGCAUUGCUAGCCUUGCUCUUAAAGAGCAACUGCCCCUAAAAAGCAGCUUAUCCUUUAUAAAACCGCCUAUGUGGCAAAUUUACUACAAAGUGUAAAUGGGAUCAUUUUGGUCAUAAAGUCAUUCUCAUCCAAAAUGUUGUGACUUGUGGUCGUGACUGCAUCACAACGUAAAUGAAGGUUGGGUUUGUUUUAUUCCUGCCCACAGCUGGCAGCACACAAUUAAUCAUCAAUUCGGGAGGUGAAGCUGCAAAUGAUCCAAUCUUAAUGCCUUUGGUAAAUUUGAGUUUACUUUGGAUAUCCAUAUUGGGCUAGUUAGGGACCAUUAGUAAAUUACACAAUGCACAUGGGCCAAUAUGUUAAAAUUCCAAUAGCUAAAAAUGUCAAUGACUUAAAAACCUCAAACUAAUUAUAAUUUAAAUAAAUGUAUAGACAUGUAUUGAAAGCAUUUGAUGAGAACUAAAAGGUGUUCAAUGUGAAAAUAUGGUAUUUUACAUUGUCAUUUGUUUGACAGUCCAUAACUAGCCCCGGAGAUAUGCUAUGCAAAGAGAAUCCAAUUUUGCCAUCGUCGCACACCAGCUGGCUGAAGCUAAUUGGCUAAAUCAUUUGACUAAUUCUUCCCACCUGCAAACACACACAAGACACCCACAUCAUACCAGACUCCGAAACCAACUCAAGUUUGAAUUCAGUUAUGGCCGCUAGGAUUUCUAAUGAACCAAAUCUAAAACGAGAGAUAAUCAGGAAGUACAGUUGCCCUUUAACAACUGAGCCACACAGUUAAAAAAUGACACAGGUUCCAAAAAUACACUUUCACAGUGUCACUUAUAAUCUUCAUAGCUUUCCUGGCAUCUGGGUGUUUGGUCUCAUGGUCAAGAGCAUUAGGUGUUAGGCUUACUUUGCACAUGGCUGCCUAACUGGGAAAGGUGCAGAUUGAAGCGUCUUUGUUUCCCUGAAAAAGCGCUAUAUAAAAACCUGGAAAAGUGCUAGGCUAUAUAAAAACCAUGUCAUUCAGAUGUGGGAUCAUCAAAUGCUUCAGUCAUUUUCCCCUUUUUAAAGUGAAGGGUUAUUUAAGGGUUGUUAAUCAUGUUGGAUGUGUAAAAUAAAAGUGUUUAUUGUUGUUGGAA